CGAUGUCCCUUUAAGAUGUUUGCUUGUAGUCGAAUGACUAUCCGCAAUCAUGGCAGGGAUUCAGGGAAAAGAUUUGUGCACUGUCUGGGUAGGAAAUAAGUCAAGAGGACGUCUGCUACUUGUAAUGCAUGGAUAUUUUCCUCUGCGCUGAAUGAAACCAAGAGGCACGCAGAUAUUUUCUGCUGCAGAGCUUUACUUUUUCUUGGUCAUGGAUUUCGAAUUGGCAAAUUACGUUUAAUUUAUUAUUUUAGCCAGAGCAAAGUGCGUGGCUGCUAGCAAACCGCUAACUUAGCUACUAGUUGGAUAGAAGCUAUCCUAACUAAAUUAGCAACUCUGCUUUUMAWUUUUUUWWAUGUUUAUUAAUAUCAUUAACUAGUUAGCUUUUUUACCAGUUUAGUCAGUCUUAGCAACUUGUUUGUGUCGAUGACUCUCGACAGCCUUAAACAUUCUCCUAUCCUUUCAACUUUGUUUAAAAUGGCAGACGACAUAGAAUUGAUAGGAGCCUGUGAAUUAAUAAAAGAUCGAUUAUAUUUUGCUACCCUAAGAAGCAAGCCAAAAAGCACCGCAAACACGCACUACUUCUGCACGGAUGACGAAUUUAUCUAUGAAAACUUCUAUGCGGAUUUUGGACCACUCAACCUAGCCAUGCUAUACAGAUACAGCUGUAAACUCAACAAAAAGCUGAAGUCGUUCACACUGACCAGAAAGCGAAUCGUACACUACACCAGCUUUGACCAGCGGAAAAGGGCUAAUGCUGCUGUUUUAAUCGCUGCCUAUGCUGUCAUCUACCUAAAGAAGACCCCAGAGGAGGCCUACAGGGCUCUGAUCUCAGGCUCCAAUGCUUCAUAUCUUCCCUACAGGGAUGCCUCGUUUGGAAAUUGCACAUACAACCUGACGAUUCUCGACUGCCUACAAGGAAUCCGGAAAGCCCUGCAACAUGGAUUCUUUGACUUUGAGACAUUUGACGUGGACGAAUAUGAGCACUACGAGCGAGUGGAAAACGGUGACUUCAACUGGAUCGUGCCGGGGAAGUUUCUGGCCUUCAGUGGACCCCAUCCCAAAAGUAAAAUAGAGAAUGGCUACCCUCUCCAUGCCCCAGAGGCGUACUURCCCUACUUCCGGAAACACAACAUUACCACGGUGGUGCGGCUCAACAAGAAGAUCUAUGACGCCAAGCGCUUCACGGAUGCCGGAUUCGACCACUACGACUUGUUCUUCGUGGAUGGCAGCACACCGAACGACGUCAUCACCCGCCGAUUCCUGCACAUCUGCGAGAGCACCGAUGGAGCCGUGGCCGUUCACUGCAAGGCUGGCCUUGGGCGUACUGGCACCCUGAUAGGCUGUUACCUAAUGAAGCACUACCACUUCACGGCAGCAGAGACCAUCGCCUGGAUCAGGGUCUGCCGGCCGGGCUCCGUUAUCGGCCCUCAGCAGCACUUCUUGGAGGAGAGGCAGGCAGCCAUGUGGAUGCAGGGGGACAUGCAGCGUUCGCAGCCGAGGGGCGUGUCUCACCUCAUCUCCAGCAUGGACGACCUCACCCUCAGACCAACCCACACCUCUAUUACCACCAGCAGCCCUGCUGGCAUCCUCGGGUCCCACAGUACCGACCGCCUUCAAGAGAACGACUACAUUGGGGAGAAUGGCCUAUGCAUGACCCAAGGAGAUAAAUUGCGUGCCUUAAAGGGCCGGCGCCAGCCCAGGUCGGCCACAACAGGAGCCCUAAGACUUGAAGACAUGAAAAUGCACACCAGGUCACCGUCCCAACCUUUUAGUAGGAUGAACCUUGGAGUGGGCACUCAGGGUACCAUCUCCCCCCUCAAGUCCUCCAAAGUCUCAUCAUCCUCUGCUUCCGCUACGGCCAAGAGAAUCAGCCGCAGCUCCUCCUCCUCGGCGUCCAACCUCAAGAGCUCCUUCAUUAACUGCAGGCUAGCCAGCUCCUUAGGCAACCUGUACGCAGCUGACGGCAGCGAGGGCAAUAGGAAGCUGCCGUACACGCCCUCUUCAUCACACUCUUCCUCCUUUCCUCCAUCCAUCAUCACCACCCCCAUCCCUCCGUCGGGCUGGGCCGUCUCCGUUCACGGCUACGUGGCUAACGGCGUGCGUGGCACCAAUUACCACCACCAUGAGGUCAACAACAAUCAGUAUAACUCCUCCCCUACUGGGGUGUUCAGCCCCACGGGGGCCCCCCAACAUGCUGCAGGCAGGCUGGGCCCCGGGCCUGAUAAGUACAGCCCAUUCAGACCCCAGCAGGAGGGCUACUCCGGGCUCAGCGGACCCUCCGGCCGCUACCUCAGCCGCUCCAUCCCCUCCCUUCAAUCUGAAUAUGUUCAAUACUAAAGCUGCGGUUCUGCGUUGACCAAGACCGGACAGCCAUCGUAACAACUGAACUGGGCGCAAUGGAGUCUCCCACCCCUCUCCAUCUCCCCCUUCUUCCCUGCUUUCUCCCACAUACUGAAAAGGGAAAUGAAUAAACCAGGAGGCGCUAUAUGAUGUAUGACAUUUAUUCUUCUCUCUUGGCAUCUGGACGGCUGUGAUCUUUGGGGGCAGGCACAUAGACAGCCACAAACUCACAAGGGCUUAUGGAACUUUGAGUUUUGAGCUUCUUCUGUCAGCAUCAGACGSCCUCGAUCCACCUUAACUGAAGUCGCUGUUUGUAUAAUGCUAACAAAGGGAGAUUACCCGGCUGUAGUUAGGCUUGGCCAGGCUGUAACUAUGUGAGUGCUCUGUCUCUUUAAAGCUGAGAUAUGGCCAUAUACAGUAGACUGGAGGCUCUCUGCUUCCCUGCAUCACAGAUUUCGGUUUUUAUUUAUGUGUACAUGUGCUAUACAAAAUUACUGUGUACACAACACAUGACAUGUACUGAAAAAAUAGGAUAUUUUUAGAUGAGAGGAUUUUAUACAUGAAACAUGACAAUUUUGUUGCCUGGAUAAAGAAAUAUGUUUAUAUUUACAAGUGGGUUAACGAACAUGUUUUGGUUUAUCUCAAUUCUAUUUUUGUCUGAGUGUUACUACUUCACUAACAACAUCCAAAUAUGCGAGGGGUUUAUGGAGAGGUUCCUUAUCAGCAACGUAUUGGCAGCACAGGACCAGGCUCAGGGUGACGUGCUCUUGCAUUUAUGAUUCUGUUUUGUGUGUGAGAAUGUAGACKGCGUGUGCGUGCACGCUAAUGUAUGUACCAUAGACUGUAUGAAAACCUGUACGUACCUAUGUGAGCGUGUGUGAAUGAAGGAGACUGCAUAGUGAGUGUGUCWAGAAACCAUGUGUGUGCAGUCCUCUGCCCAUGGAAUGAAAGGGUGACGUCGUCUCUAGAGAGAAGAGAAUGACGUAUAGGGAAGAGAUGAGUGUUGUCUCUUCACUAUUUUAAAUCGUUUUUUAAUUUUUAUUGAUUCAAUUGAUUCAAUGAACUGCUGGGAUUUGGUAACCCCCAAUUGGAACUAAUUAAUGCUUAAUGUUCUCCUCUGUCGCAAGCCUACAUCACUCCAUUGAAAAAAGAUUUGUAUCUCAAUGGGACUCACAUGGUCAAGUAAAGGAUAAAUACAGAAUAUUACCACCAAAAAGGAUGUAGCUGACUUCAUAAACCCUCACAGGUCAAUGAUUUGACCAUACCAAUAACCAGACUAGGUAUGUUGAGCAUGAUGAACAGUGGUCAUUAGUAGAGAAAAUUUAGUAUUGUGUUGUUGGACCAACACCACCCACAACAUAAGCCUCAGUCCCUGCAGUAUACCAUACACCAGGCAGUUUAGCAAUCCCCUCCACAGACACAAGAUCCCACUGUAAUAAUGCUCUUUGAAAGGAAAAGGAGCACAUUUUCAGUGUUAUUUGACACGCUGUGGAUUAUGGAACUUGAUUUGUGGCAGCCUAUUUUUAACACAUACCUACUGUAGAACCAGUUAUGUUAGUUGUGUUAUCGUCAAGGCACAAUGGUAACAGAUGUUCGUCACUAUUACUGAAAUAUUUCCCAGUUUUUGUGUUUGUGUCGAGAAUGUAAAAACAACACAAACCUUUCCUGCGUAUUACGAUUCUUUCAGACUGUAGAAGGAGAAAAAAACAUUUCUGCUUUGCAGGUAGAGGUUCCUAAAAAAACUGAAAAGCACAACUGUCCCCCAAAAUACCGUCUUUAAAAUCCCAUGCUGGAUGUCAUUGUGUGUACAAUGCAGCAGUCAUUAUCAAAGCUUGUUUUUUACCAAUGAAUAUGACCUACUGUGGCUCGACUAACUCGUCCAUUUUCUGUUGGACCUUAUAAGAGUCCCUAUAUUUGUAUGCUUUUUACUUUUUAAACUAUUGUUGAAUUUCAAAGUUGAUUUAAAUAAAUGUGUACUGAAGUGUCUGUUCAUGGCUGCAAGGAUUUUUUAAAAUGUAUUCUAUUCGAGCUCUGUCCUGGCAGUGAAAUGUGUUUAUUUGUUUCGAGAUGGGAGAAUCUUAAUAAUGCAGGUAUUCUACCUCCUUGAAAUGUACAAUUUAUAGCUGUAAAAUUCGUACUUGCAUAUAUUUUUUCAAGCAGUAUGUAAAGAAAAUAUAUAACUGUAGAUUAGUAUUUUUGCUUUUCAUUUUCAUACAGUAAGCAUAGUAAAAUGUCUACUGUACUACAUGUGUAUAUUUUACAGGGAACAGAGGUUGCUGAAGGAAGUAACACAAUUAAAAAAAUACUUUUCAAGA